CAUAUGCUGUUCUGUUAGUCGGCUUGUGGCGAAAGAUUCCUGUGGCACUCUCAAACCCCAAAUUCUUGGUUGCAGGCAGUCUAUGUAGUUUCUCUAUUUCUUUUUCUCUGACUGUCAUUCUCUCAAGCUGAAAGUCGGUAAGGCGGCGGAGAGGCCAGUUCUUUUCCCUCCUGUGCGGGACACAUGGCUUCAAACAGCAUCUUCGACACAUUCUCCAGCUACUCUCCCGGUUUACUGCGAGCCAGUGAUGUUUCAGAAGCCUCGCUUCAGCUGAUGCACAGGCCGUAGCCUCCUCUAGGGGCCAGGAGGACGACUAUACCACCAUGAAACCCGACCACGAGCAGACGGUUCACGCCGCCCUCCGCCUCGUUCCCGUGCCCUAAAGUGACUGAGAACCCGGGUAUGAACGUACCGGGUCCGCUGCGAACCGGGCGGCCCGUGGAGACCCGCUCCGUGGUGGACGUGCUGGCCGAUCACGCCGGAGAGCUGGUGCGCACGGACAGCCCAAACUUUCUCUGCUCGGUCCUGCCGUCACACUGGAGGUGCAACAAAACUCUGCCUGUGGCUUUUAAGGUGGUGGCACUUGGUGAUGUUCCUGACGGGACUCUGGUUACGGUGAUGGCUGGAAAUGAUGAGAAUUAUUCCGCGGAGCUGAGAAACGCGUCAGCCGUCAUGAAGAACCAGGUUGCGCGAUUCAACGACCUGCGCUUUGUGGGAAGGAGCGGGAGAGGAAAGAGCUUCACAUUGACCAUCACAGUGUUCACCGGCCCACCCCAGGUCGCCACAUACCACCGCGCUAUUAAAGUCACCGUGGACGGACCUCGAGAGCCAAGACGUCACCGCGUGAAGCCGGACGACCCUCACAAGCAGUUUUCCGAUCGCCUGAGUGACAUCGAGCGUUUCCAGAGGGCCAGCCUGAGGAUGAACCCUGGCAACGGGACCGCCCGCUCCCACCAAUCCCAUUACAGUCCCUCCAGCACCACACAGAUACCAGGAUUAUGGCCUGAUCAGAUGGACGCUCCUGCACUGAAGACAUGUAAAGUGGAAGAUGACUUACGCUGGUCUGGUUCGGAGCUGUUCCAGCAGAGGACAUCUUUCCCGUCUCUGUCUCCAUUAACGGCUCCUCGUUUCUCUGAUUCACACAUGCAUUAUCCGGGUCCUUUCAGCUACUCCGCCAACCCGUCCGGCACCGGAAUCGGGGGUCUCAGCGUAGCUGGCAUGCCCACCUCCAGCCGCUACCACACCUACCUGCCUCCUCCCUAUCCGGGCAACCAGAACCAGAACUCACACUUCCAGACCAACUCCUCGCCGUACCACCUGUACUACGGCACCGGGUCCGGCUCCUACCAGUUCUCCAUGGUUCCGACCGGCGGCGCCGGAUCAGGAGGCGACAGGUCACCCACCCGCAUGCUGACGUCCUGCACCGCGGCGGGCGGAGCCGGCGUUACCGCUGGAGGAAACAACAGCCUGCUGAACGCCAGCCUCGGGAACCAGAGCGACGGCGUGGAUGCCGACGGGAGCCACAGCAACUCGCCCACGGCGAUGAGCGCGUCGACGCGCAUAGACGAGUCCGUCUGGAGGCCUUACUGAGAAAGAAGAGGGCAAAGGUGAAAGUCUUGCAUGUUUGAUCGCUUUAUGUUCCUUUGUCCUUCUAUGACGUCAACCGCUGAUCGUGAUCAAAUGACCAGAAGUUAGAUACGUGCCUCCAUACGGCACAGACACGGACCAAAACUGAAGGAGGACGCGAGUCUCGCUGGAAAUUAAGGUGUAUAUAGAUAGAGUAAAAAUUAUCAUACAAAAAAAGGAAGAAAAGGCAUCCCAUAGUAAUAUAUCAGCGACUUUUUUGUUACUGAAAAAGCUGAACAAACCAAAGAAAAGCUGGUUCUUCAUGGACAUAUUCUGACGGGCCUGUAACUGAAAAAAGACAAUUUAUCCAGCCUUACAAACCAAACUGCCUGAAAGCUAUAACUCCCAGAGUGCUUUGCAACCAGGAAACCGACAGUAUGAAAGAGCUACACCGAGAUGCAGGGCCGUGGGACUUUUAACGUGUAAAUAUACCAAAAAUGUGCCCCGCGAACUUUCAGGUACUUUCCAAAAUUGCUGAAAUAGUCUUGGAAUGGUGAGAUGUGAUCAUAUAAUGCAAAUGUGGGUCAAUGUGAGCUCUGUGAGAUGUUAUGACAAUGGGUUAUUAAUUCAAAAGAAAAAGGAUGAAUCACAAAACCAGUCAGGAACAUAUCCAUGUCAUAUUUAUUGAGAAUAUAUGAGAAAAUAUGAGCGAUAAAUGAUACAUUUGUCAUUCAUAUUUUUUUGCAUUCUGACAUUAUUUUAAUCAAAAUGAAGCACAUUUGACCCCCUAUUGUAAUGCAAAACAUAAUGAUGUAUUAUGCAAAAUCAUUGACAUUUUCUUUAUGCAAAAACUUAUUUUUGUUUUCGAUUUUGGGUGAAAUGUGAUCUGGAUGUGUUUUUGUGAAAUUCACCCUCUAGCUGUGGGUUCUUGAUUUGUAGAAACGUAAAACACCAUCUAUAAUCCAGAGACAGACAGGUGUUUGAUAUUAUUUUUUUUUUUUUCUUUGUCUUGCUUUUCACCAAAAUCACAAACAAUUAAUUUGUCUUUGAACUUAUGGAGACUUGUCUUUUUUGGAAUAGUUUUAAGAGUAAUUAUUUCUUUCUCAGUGUUGAUCGCUUUUUAUGCAAUUUCUUAAAACGACUCAGUUCUAUGGUUUGUGUAUUUUAUCUUUUUUUUUCUUUUCUUUUUUUAAUUUAUUUGAGCCAAAGUGCACUCGUUCCUAUCCCGGGUCGUUUCCGGGUCACAAGCAUUUCGUAUUUCUUUUCUUUUUUUUUUUUCAAUUGAAUUUUUAAUCUUUGUUUUAAUAUAAAAUUGGAAAUUUGUGCUACUGUAAUAUAUUCUUUCUAAAUUAUACAAAACAAAUUUUAAUGUCUAUGUUUUUCCAAUGCAGCUUUAAUGCACUAAAACAUUUAUUUAAGAUGUUAUAUGUCCUUGUAAACCACAUAAUGGAGACAUUCUUACCAGAUUGAGUUCCACAUGAUAUUUUGCCUGAAAGCCUUCAGUCCUCACAAGCCAAAGAGUCCAACAAUCACCUGUUGUCAUCUAUGUCUGUAAAGUGUGAAAAAUAUGUUGCUCUAAGCACUUACAUUAUGUGUCUAUUUUCCCUACCUUGUUCUUGGAAUGACUGAAAUCGGAGACAAUAAUUGGGCACGUUUGAAAGGAGAUCAGUCUUGAUUAUUUGAAUAACAAAACCGUGCACAUGCUCAUACAAGGAGGGUAAAGUGGCCAUGACACACACACACACACAUUCGUGUAACAGGUGUAAGUGAAUAUUUCAGCCUAUAACCCAGAGGUUUUUCCCAUGCCCACACCUGCUGCCUUCACCUGAGGGCAAAGAGCCCCAAAAGAGCAAAGGAAACAAGUAGAAAGAUGGAUGGAGAGAGCCAUAUCUCCUUUCGCAAUCAUUGGGCGUCCUUCAGGCCUUGUUAUCCAAGCAGAAGUGCCCGUGUUCAGCUUGAUUCACGGCCGCUUUGAAGCCUUUAUGGCGGCGGUUAUUGUGCCUCCCCUUGAUUAUCGCCUCAAGCCGCAGUCUACGGGAAAGAUGGAUUCAAAAUGUGAGCUGGUCCAGUUACAGACGGGAGUCUAUUCUUUCCCGCAAGGACUUGUGGGUAACAGAAACCCGCGUUUUUGCGUUUAGUAGCGUUUCAUAAUUCUCUCAGUGCCUCAGUCUGUACCUACUAACGUCUGUGGAUAUCAAAUCCUGUCGUCUCAUCGUAUGUGAGUUUGUUGUGAUUGUUGAUUAUGAUUGAGCUGGGUAAUCCAAAUCAGGCUAAAUUAAGAUUUGCUGGCCCGAAAUAAGACCAAAAAUGCAUCUAUUUAUUUCCACUAUCAAUACUGAUUUUUAUUGUGUGUUGCAUUGACGCCAAGGCUCUGUUCCGAAACCUAGCGAGCUUCCUACACGGCUGUAACAAAACGUGCGCGUUAUUUAAAAGCAGAUGUCUGUGUGGGCUGCAGCGAAGCUCAAUAUGUUUUGGAACAAAUCCCAAAUGUUGCCAGUGAAGUGAAUAUCACUGAAGGCCACGAGUCUGUGAUGUUUGUAAUGUGCGCAGAUUAUAAUCAUGCUGAAAAGCACAACACACUCCUGUAGAACAAACUGUCUUUUUCACUCAUUGUACGUUUGUAAUUUUGGUUCUGAAAUAUGCUCUUUUUGUUCAUUCAUUGUGUGCUAAUGAUGUAGUUUUGUAUGCAUUUUAAUUAAAAAAAAGAUCAGGAUUUGCUUGUGA